AUGUCUGUGGCUGUGAAGAGGCGCCUGAGCGCCAAGGACGAGUCCAGGAAGUGCGCGGGCCGCCUGUGGAAGCUGUUCCCUCACCUGCUGCUCUGCCUGUCGCUGGUCGCCUACGCCGCGCUCGGCGCGCUCAUCUUCAAGCAGAUCGAGGGCCGGAGCCCGUCCCCGGUGCAGCAGGACUACUAUGACUUCGUGAACCGGCUGGUGGACACCGUGCAGAACCUGACCAGUAACGUGUCCUACAAGCACCAGGACAUCGUGGAGGAGGUGGCGAGAAAGAUGAGGACGGAGUUCAGGUCCAUCUGGUUCCAGAGCCCCAAGAGAUGGGACUUCCUGGGCUCCAUGUUCUUCUGCUGCACGGUUUUCACCACUGUCGGCUAUGGGGAGAUCUACCCGGUGACGCUGCUCGGGAAGGUGGUGUGUGUCCUGUACGCCAUGGUGGGCAUCCCUCUCAUGCUCCUGGUAAUUCUGGAUGUGGGAGACUUCCUGGCUCUGGUGAUGUCCCGAGCCUACAUCCGCCUUCAUUCCCUCUUCAAAAUGCUGCGCUCCCGCACCUGGUCGCCGUGGAGGUCUCAGGAGAGGGCGGCGGCCGCCACCCACCGGACCCUGGAGGACGGGACCUUCGUCUUCAGCCAUGACGUGGUGAUCCGGGAGCCCAUGGACAUCCGGCAGGUGCUGCACAGCCAGGCGGACGUCCGCAGCAAGUCCAUCCACCUCCAGAACAACAAAGAGAUCUUUGAGAAGAUUCUGGCCAGGGAGAACUUUGUGAGGAAGAGCCCCCUGCUGAGGACCAUCUCCUGCCCGGAGCUGGACCGCCUGCCGCCGCCGCCUAAAGGAUAUGCCAUCUGGGACUUCACGGGGUUGGGGGACGGCAUGGAGAUGCUGGACGUUCCCUUCGUACUGAUUCUUUUCAUUGUGUUUGCCUAUAUUUGUUUAGGUGGGUUGAUUCUGCCGCUGUGGGAAACUGAAUUCAAGGACUUCGACCCCUUCUACUUCUGCUUCAUCACGCUCACCACCAUCGGCUUCGGCGACAUCGUGCCCAAACACCCCAACUACUUCAUGAUCACCUCGCUCUUCAUCAUCGUGGGCAUGGCCAUCAUGUCCAUGGCUUUCAAGCUGGGUCAGACUCGGAUUGUGAGCUGUUACCGCCAGUGCAUCAAGUUCAUCAGCAGGGGGAACGUGGAGACGUUCACAGGCGAGGCGUACAACUGAGCCGAGGGGAAACGCUGCUGGAUCUGAGACGCAGCGUCCCGUGGGAGCUUGUGCA